AUGGUUAGGACACGAGGAAAUUUAUCUAGACGCGGUUCACAUGAUGCACUCGAGAGUUCUGCACAGGGUGCUGCACGGAGGAGACCAACCACUUUAGCUCGUAGAAGGGGUCAGCAAGAGGCUGCUGUUGUUCAGGAUGAUGUUUUUGAGCAUGAGGAUCAUGUUGCACGGAUCAUAUGGGAUGGUCAGGAUCGAGUUGUGAAAGUAGUCUCCCAUAUUAAAAAAGUGAAAAAAUUAGGAACUCCUCACCCUUCUGUUCUCCCCUUUGUGGUAGCUUCUGGAUUAUCGCCUCUGUGCGAUAUUUUAUAUGAAUAUCCCGAUAUUGGGUUAAUAUUAGGUUUCGUGGAGAGAUGGCAUCCCAAGACUAAUACUUUUCAUCUACCAAUUGAUUCAAUUGAGAUUUUGAUGACACUUCUUGGUGUUGAUCGGGCCAUGGUUUCCAAUGAGUUGAAUCAAAGUCGGGGUGGACAGGUCAGACUUAGCUGGUUGAGAGAGCUGUAUGAUAGCUGUUGUGAUAACGAGCUAUGGGAGUUUGCUGCACGUGCAUAUCUUUUGCACCUUGUAGGGUGCACGAUAUUUGCUAAUAAAAGCGCCACAUAUGUUCGUACUCAUUACCUCGAGCUAUUUAGAGAUCUCCCUACAUGUCGUAGAUAUGCUUGGGGAGUUGUUGCUCUUGUCUACUUAUAUGAGCAACUAAGAGAUGCCAACUUUGCAAAUACAAAGCAAUUAGCUGGAUAUCUACCUCUUCUACAGGCUUGGAUAUACGAGCACUUCCCUGCAUUGGGAAGGAAACAAUUACGAGAUACAUAUGUGGAGACCGAACCCCAUGCUAGACAUUAUGUCACUGGACGCGCUACUUCCGCUACAGCUGAUGUUAGAGUCCAGUUGGAUGCCUUGACAUAUGAUGAGCCUAUUCCACUAAUGUCGAGUUCGCUUCUCAUGUUGGACUUUGUGACUAUUGAUGAUCGAUGGAGAGACUACAAUCAGUUUGUCGUAGUUCAGGUGGUCCCCGCGCCAGUUCCUUUUUCAUGUUUGGAUGGAUAUUUGUAG